UAUCUGUGUUAUUAUAAUAACCUCAAGCAUUUCUUGAAUUUUUUUUUUCAAUGGAAGACCAAUUUUCUUUCUUCCCAAUCCUUUUGACCUUCUUUAUCUUUAUGUUUAUGGUAGUGAGGAUAUGGAAGAAAUCAGAAAUCAAGAGCUCAACUCCAAAUCUUCCACCAGGACCAUGGAAGCUACCUAUAAUAGGAAGCAUGCACCAUUUAGCUGGCUCUCUACCGCAUCGCCGCCUUCGAGAUUUGGCUAGAAAGUAUGGACCUCUUAUGCAUCUACAGCUCGGUGAGGUUAGUACCAUAGUCGUUUCUUCGCCGGAAAUCGCUAAAGAAGUGAUGAAAACCCAUGAUCUCAUCUUUGCUUAUAGGCCUUGCAGCGUUACUGGAAGUGUUAUAUCUUAUAAUAACAAAGACAUCAUAUUUGCACCAUACGGAGAGUAUUGGAGACAAAUGCGGAAAAUUUGCACAAUGGAGCUACUAUCCGCAAAACGCGUGCAGUCAUUCAGAUCAAUCAGGAAAGAAGAAGUAUCGAAGCUUUUGAGAUUCUUGCGUUCGUAUGCAGCGGGAUCACCAAUCAACUUUAGCAAGAUGUUCAAUGCUCUGACCUAUAGCAUCAUUUCAAGAGCAACGGUUGGUAAGAUAUGUAAGGGAGAAGAGAUUUUCAUACCAAUUUCGAAGAAAGUGGCAGAUGCAGCUGGAGGUUUUACUCUUGCUGAUCUGUAUCCUUCCAUCAGAUUGCUCCACUGGUUGAGCAGAACGGUGCCUAGGCUUAAGAAACUUCAUCAAAUGGCAGAUAAAAUAUACCAAAGCAUCAUAGAUGAUCACAGAAGUAAACGGGCAGAAGCAAAAUCUAGUGCUUAUGAUGAAGAAGAUUUUGUAGAUGUCCUUCUCAACUGUCAGGAGCAAGGAAACCUCGAUAUCCCUAUAACAGAUGAUAAUAUAAAAGCGAUCCUUAUGGACAUUUUCAAUGCCGGUACCGACACAUCAUCUACAGUAGUUGAAUGGACAAUGUCUGAACUACUAAAAAAUCCAAGAGUAAUGAAUAAGGCACAAGAAGAGGUGAGGAGGGUUUUUGCAACUGAAGGAAAUAUCCAUGAAGAUCGACUCGACGAACUCAACUACUUAAAGUUGGUCGUCAAGGAAUCUCUACGAUUACACUCGCCCGCUCCAUUAUUAGUUCCGAGAGAAUGUAUAGAGAGCUGUAUGAUUAGUGGUUAUGAUAUUCCAGCCACAACUAGGGUGAUGGUGAAUGUGUGGGCAUUUGGAAGGGAUCCUAAUUACUGGCUGGAACCUGAAAAUUUUUAUCCAGAAAGAUUUCAAGACUGUUCUGUUGAUUAUAAGGGAAAUGAUUUUGAAUUUCUCCCAUUUGGUGCUGGAAGAAGAAUCUGUCUAGGAUUGUUGCUCGGCAUAUCUAAUGUUGAGUUUCCACUUGCACAGUUGUUAUAUCAUUUUGAUUGGAAACUACCGAAUGGAAUGGAACCAGAAACUCUCGACAUGGAUGAAGUUUUUGGAUCUGUUGUGAGGAGGAAAAAUAAUCUUCGUGUACUUGCUACGCCGUAUAUUCCUCCACUUGCCAAGUAAGAAGCUUCAGACAGACCGGAUAAUAGUUUCAGCUUAUGAAAUUAUUGAUAGCCUGAGUUGCCUAUAAGACUUGAUGAUUCUUGAAGAAAUUGAAGCAAAUUAUUAUUUAUAAGCAUAAAUGAUUCCUGAAGAAAUUAAAUGUUUGAAUUCUAUUUUUUUAAAUGUGUUCUAAAUUUUAAAAAAAUAUACAAAACAAUUGCUUUUA